ACACUCACAGACGCCGACGCGCCUCCCGGCCACGAUAGCUAAGCUAUUCCCAAUUCCAAAUCCAGAGGCCAUAGACGGCGGCACACAGAGCGCAGAAGCUUUGCUGCAGCAGCAGCAGGAAGGAGCUCGCUCUCCCUCUCGGUUCACAUCGACGGUGACGAGGAAGGUGGAAAUGGGAGGCGGCCACCGUGGCGUCCGUCUCCUGCCGCUCCUGCUCCUGUUGCUGGAUCUUGGCUUCCGCAAUGGCGGCCGGUGCGCGGCGCAGAAGCUGCCCGAGCAAGAAGUGGAAGCUCUCAAAGGUAUAGCACGCAAGCUUAACAAGACGGAUUGGGAUUUCAGUGUGGAUCCAUGCAUUGGGUCUGGAACUUGGGUUAACUCCACUGGAUUUAUUGUCAGCAAUGUGACAUGUGAUUGUUCAUUCCAGAACCACACCAACUGUCAUAUUAUUAGCUUGCAGCUUAUGCGUCUGAAUCUUAGUGGAGUUCUACCUGAAGAAGUUGUCAACCUUACUUAUCUACGUUAUCUUGACUUGUCACGCAACUUCAUUCAAGGACCGAUUCCAGCAUCAUGGGCUAGCUUACAAGUUUUUAAUCUGUCUCUUCAGGGAAAUCGCAUAUCUGGAACACUACCUAAGGAGCUUGCAAGUAUGCCAAUGUUGAAGUCGUUACAGCUAGAAGCCAAUCAGUUUGAGGGCCCUAUUCCACCAGAGUUGGGUAACAUCAUCAGUUUGGAGAGAUUUUUCAUUUCUGCAAAUAACAUCACAGGAGAGUUGCCCUCAACCUUUUCCAGGCUGACAAAUAUGACAGAUUUCCGAAUUGAUGGGAACAACAUUUCAGGAAGGAUACCUAGUUUCAUAAAGAACUGGCAACGGCUCAACAGAAUAGAUAUGCAGGGUACCUUGAUGAGUGGGCCUAUUCCUUCAGAAAUAGCUUUGUUGAGAAACUUAACAGAACUGAGGGUGACUGAUUUGAGUGGACCAAGCAUGAAUUUCCCUCCCUUACAAAAUGCGCAAUACCUAACGGAACUGGUUCUGCGAAAUUGCUCCAUACACGGGAAGUUACCUGUCUACCUUGGUCAAAUGCAGUAUCUAAAAGUACUGGAUCUAAGUUUCAACAAGUUUUCUGGUCAGAUUCCAGCAGAAUUUGGAGGAAUGGUGUCACUACAAUUUCUGUACUUAACAGAUAACAUGCUGACUGGAGAUUUGCCUGCUUGGAUGUUGAAAAACAAGGCAAGCAAUAAAGUAAACAUGGAUGUGUCGUAUAAUGACUUCACGGGUAACCCUCCAACUGAGUGUCAGCAAGCAAAUGUAAAUAUGGUGUCAAGCUUCUCAACGAAUGACAGUUCAUUGCGGCCAUGUUUAAGAAAGAACCUUCCCUGCAUGGGCAAACCGCAAUAUUACUCCCUGUUCAUUAACUGUGGUGGUAGAAGUGUUGUGAUAGAUGGGAAUGUCUAUGAGGAUGAUUCAUCUCAAAUUGGAACAUCAACUUUUGUAUUAUCUGAUGAUAAGAGGUGGGCUUAUAGUAGUACAGGAGAUUUUGUGGGUAAUGAAAAUGCUGACUACAUCGCUAGAAAUAAAUCAAGACUCGCACUGGCUCAUCCCGAGUUAUAUACCGAAGCUCGCCUCUCCCCUCUUUCGCUGAAAUAUUAUGGCCUUUGCAUGGAGAAUGGUGAAUAUCUAGUCAAUCUUCAUUUUGCUGAGAUUAUGUUCACAGACGAUCAUACAUAUUCUAGCAAUGGAAAGCGUGUUUUUGAAGUCUUGAUCCAGGGUGCUAAAGUGUUAAAAGAUUUUAAUAUUGAAGAUGUGGCUGGCGGUGUCAAUCGGGCAAUUUCAAUGAAUUUCACAACCAAUAUCACGACAAAUACGUUGGAAAUCCACUUCUACUGGGGAGGCAAAGGUACAACCGCUAUACCGUACCGGGGUGUGUAUGGUCCAUUGAUCUCAGCCAUAUCUGUGACACAAGUGCACAGGAAUCACCAUGGUAUCUCUACUGGAGUGUUUAUUACCAUAAUAACAGCAUCAUGCCUAGUUAUCGUACUUCUGCUGGUAGCCUUCUAUAUCAAAGUCUUCCGGAAAAAGAAUAGAAAGGGAACUGGUAGACAAUUAUUUUACCUUGGAAGGAAUACCAGUACUUCUGAGCUUCAGGCGAGGGCACAGUACUUCUUUAGCUUAAAAGAGAUAGAGUCUGCAACAAAACAUUUUGAUCCUGAAAGUAAAAUAGGUGAGGGUGGCUUUGGACCUGUUUACAAGGGUACUCUAGCAGAUGGUACUGCAGUUGCUGUCAAGAAACUGUCCUCGAAAUCAAGCCAAGGGAAUCGUGAGUUUUUGAAUGAGAUAGGAAUAAUAUCUUCUCUAAGACAUCCAAACCUUGUGAGGCUUUAUGGUUGUUGUAUUGAUGGAGAAGAGCUACUGCUGGUGUAUGAAUUCCUGGAAAAUAAUAGUCUUGGCCGUGCACUAUUUGGCCGCGCAGAACGUCAAUUGAAAUUAGACUGGCCAACAAGGUAUAGCAUCUGCCUUGGAACCGCGAAGGGCCUAGCCUAUCUCCAUGAGGAAUCAACACUGAAAAUCGUCCACAGAGAUAUCAAACCGUCAAAUAUUCUUCUUGACGAAAGACUUCAACCUAAAAUAUCUGAUUUUGGUUUGGCUAAGCUGAAUGAUGACUGUGGGCGUGUGAGCACUCGUAUUGCUGGCACUGUUGGAUAUAUGGCUCCUGAGUAUGCCACAAGAGGUUGUUUGACACGUAAAGCAGAUGUCUACAGUUUCGGAGUGGUGACAUUAGAGAUUGUUAGCGGGGAGAGCAAUACAAAUAGCAUGUCAAGAGAAGAAUAUCUCCAUCUUCUUGAUUUGGCCGAAAGAUUGAAGCAGGAAGGGAGACUUUUAGAAAUUGUCGACCAGCGUCUUGGUUCUGAAUUUUCUCAAGAAGAAGCACUGGUGAUGCUGAAUGUAGCUCUUCUAUGUACAAACACAUUACCGACUCAGCGGCCGAGAAUGUCCUCAGUGGUGAAGAUGCUUUGUGGCCAAGCCCCUAUUGAGGUUACGCCUGACGAUGAUCUACAGGAAGACUUGAGGUUCAGUAUCGCCCAGUCUGGGAAGUCCAUGAACAGCCGAACAGAUUGGUCUUUUGCGCCAUCAAGUGAUCAAUCAAUCUUGCUGUACAGCGGUAAGGACAGCGGUUACCUCCCAUCUUCAAGCUCAUCUUCUCUGAAGCUGUGAGCCUCACAGCCAAAACAAGCUAGGUUAACAAUGCCAACAUUUUUUCGGGCAUGUUUCAGUAACAGUAAAUGGACAAGUAUUUAGCACAAUUUUUCUGAUUCGAAAUUGAUGUUGCCAUUCAUGUUUCUUGUGAAAUAGCCCGUGACAUCUGACAAGAAAAAUAUGGAAAUGAUGUGUCUAACUCGUGAAGUGUUAAGAAAAUGUCAUUGUUUCGAGAGAACCAAAA